AUGCCAACCGCCGAUCGAGCGGGGGCGCAGCACGCGCAGAAGACUUGCGAGAAAGUGUUGGCGAUCACGCGCCUGGGCAGGAAGUACGGCCUUCGGGUUAAGGAGUGUGAUGAGGAAGCUGUUUUCAAGCAGUUUCGUCCAGGGCAGUCCUACGUAAAGGUGCGCGUCGUUUUCAAGUGGCGGGUGCACCCAUUGCCGUUUGGGUUCCAGCGCCACCACCUGACCACCCUGCUUCGUAAAUGGGGUUGGCCUGCAAAGCCGUUGCAGCCUUUGAAAGGCGAUUCUGAAGGACUUGCCUGGCAGGUCGGCUCGGAGGUCGAACCGCCCUCAUCUGCGAUGCCUGUUGGACAGAGCUAUGCCCUCAUCACUUCUUUGAAGGGCCCGCCGGCUGCAGCCACAGGUCAUCAGGUUUGUGCAACAAGGCGGACCAAGCGCCACAUCAUUUAUGACGAUGAGCCCACUGGCAGUGGCGACGUUGAUCCUUGGAGUUUUGGCAACGACCCGCUUCUCGCCCUCCGCCUGGCCUACCCCUGCCCCCCCAAACCCGUGUCGGCUGCCACAGCCAAGCUCGAUCAGCUCAAGGAGGAAAUCCAAUCUGGUGUCACGGCCCUUGUGCGCAAAGAGUGGCAAGCAUGCGGCCAGGCCGUUGUGGAGUCGGCCAGUUCGCAAAAUCCUCGCCUUCAGGCGCUCGAGGUCGCGGUCACCGAGCUCCAGGCUCAGGCAGGCAAGUUUGAAGACUGGUUCUCAACCAUCGGACAAAAAGUCAGUGCGCAGGAGGAAAGCCAGAAGCAAGUGGCGGCCACCCUUCAAGCACAGCAGACGCAACUCUCCUCCGUUCAGUCCGACGUUGCCCGCACAGCCGAGGCAAUCCAGACUACCGUAACCUCGGCAGUUUCAAAUCUUGGCAACCAGCUCGGUGAGAAAAUCGGGUCACAAAUGGCACAGCAGACUGCCAUGCUUGAAUCCAUUCUGCAACAGCAGAAGGCCGCCGAGCCGGUGCAUAAGGUCAACUUCUUCUUGGGCCGGCUCCUGGACGGGUGGUGGCAGAUCGAGCCACAGAAUACUUGCAAGCAUGCCACCCGCCGUGAUUAUAUUUACUUGUCACCAGAACUGGCCGCCCUCUUAAGGGAGGUCCAGGUCCAGGGUGACUUUGCAGAACACUCCACCUCAAUUGCUGGAUUGCAGAUUGACGUCGGGGUCAACAAGGUGCAAUCCUGGCCACUUCCGGCCACCAUGCACUGGUCGGCCGUGACUUCUGACCAAUGGAGUGAGCAAAUGUGCCCAGAUCUGCAACACACCACAUCCACUCAGUGGUUGAAAGACUUCUCAUCGGCCUUUGAGAAUCGAAUCGACGGUUUUGUUCAACCGAAUGCAUGCUAUGGCCGCGCUAGUCACCUCCAACCCAUGCAGGGUACCCACUGUGUCAUCUCCGCCAAACCUCACCGACCUGGGGAGGAACCUAUCAAGAACGGGCUGCUUUGCCUUCAGGUGAAACAGUGGUACCGCCAGUUGAGGCGAUUGCAGAGCCUCAUGCGUGCACUCAGGGCCAACAAACUCACGCCAGAUGCGGUGGAGUACCGUUUGUCUCUAUGGCGGUCCAUCCUGCAGUCCAGUGGAUUUGAAGGCGGCUUCCCGAAUUGGUUUGAGACUCGUCCCCGGCGACACCAAGGCAUGCCUAGCCUCCUGCCCUUGUCUCUGCCCUCAGCUGCUUUUGCCACGCGCCUCUUCAAGGAAUUUCGUGACAGUUAUCGCCGCUUUGAAUCGUGGCAUUCUCGUCAAAGGCAUGCCAUCCUGAAGGCACAACACGAACAGCAGCACUCCCUUCUUUUCCAGGACCUGCGAGAAGCCGCCCCCGCCCAAGUUGACACUCUGGUAUUGCGGCACACCCACCCCGUCAUUGCCAUUGAUCCUGACACCCAACAGGUUGUUCAACCCAAUGUGUUGCAAAUUAAUGGAGACGUGCCAUUGGUGGCAGACCUUGAGCUUGAACAAACUCAGGUGGAAUCGCAUCCAGUCCGUACAGACUGGAGCCGCCUGAUGGCUUUUGCCGAAGUUCAUUUUCCUGUUCUCAAUUUUGCCUUGCCUCCCAUUACCGUAGAAAUUUGGUAUGCUGCCAUCUCCCGCUACAAGGUCAGAGCCGCUCGGGGCCCAGACGGGUAUGGCCGUGAGGACCUUCAACGGAUGCCGGUUCACUUCGUGCAAGUGCUGCUCCGCUUCCUUCACGCCGUAGAGCAUGAGCAUCAGCCAUGGCCCCUCCAAUGGCUUUGUGGUCUAGUGAUCAGUCUCGCCAAGCCUGGCCGCUCUGGGGACGGCGUCAAUGGAUAUCGACCUAUUGUCCUGCUGUCGAUUGUAUAUCGCACUUGGUCCUCAAUUCGAGCUCGCCAGAUAUUGCAACAGCUGGCCCAGCAUAUGCCGCCCUCGGCCCUUGGCUUUAUGCCGCAACGGGAGGCUACCUCCCUCUGGUUCCAGCUUGAGGCCUUGAUUGAGGUCAAUGCGCAGUCUGCUAAACCUGUUGCAGGUUUCUGCACGGACAUUGCGAAAGCUUUCGAGACUCUCCCGAGAGCACCAAUUUUACGUCUUGCGGAAAGACUCGGUGUACCGACCUCUGUGCUCCGGCCUUGGGGUUCCUUCCUUGAACAGCUGGAGCGGCGAUUUCUUAUACGUGACUGUGUCAGUGACGGGGUCCAGGCCACGUCAUUUCCAGAGGGAGAUCCACUCAGCCCCUGUGCCAUGUGUGUGGCGGUGUAUGUUUAUCGCACGUAUAUGUUGGUGUUUGAGCCCCGCCUGAGUGCGUACGCAUAUGUGGAUAACUGGGCACAUACUGCAGCCACCGCAGCGCUUGUCGCGAGAGGGGUCUUCUUGGCUCAGUGA